GGUCAUAUUCCCCAGGCCAACAGACCGACUACGAACUGGUGAUCGCAGCACCCCUUUACCUUUUGUUUUCGAGGUGAGGCGGUUGAGGCAGAGGGUCGAGAUAACGUGACAAGCCACCCAGUAGCGUGUUUUUAACAAAUUUAUUUCUGGGGCGACGGCGGAAAGGCGGGACGCGAUUCGGAGCCUCUGCUGCGUCCGUCCAGGAUAACAAGCUUCAUAUAAAUAUCCUGGAAUAACCUUUCACACUCACUCAUUGCCAAAUCACUCCUCAAUUCGAACUGAUUACUUCCCAGAAACUCGCCACAACAUGUCGGAAACGGCCACACGCCCAGACGAUGAGGGCCGUCGUGUGGGAGUGCACGCCGUUGGGGUGGCAGUUUGCGACGUGCCCAAGCCGACGAUCCGGUUGCUGAGGACACCAUCAUGCGGGAUGAUGACGGCCGGGGUUUGCGGGUCUGAUGUGUACAUAGACCGCAGCUUCUUUGGCAGUUCGACGCCGCCGUGGGGCCUGAGCGAAGAAGUCGUCGGGAUCAUGGCCGCGGUCGGCGGCGCCACGGAGCCGUUCAAGGUCGGCGACGGGCUGCUGACACCCGCUUUCCCUUUAAUGGACGUGGACCCGACUUUUCUGACCUGGGUCGGUGUCAAGAUGAGUGGCUUGCCAUCAAAUGGCGCCGGCGACGACACCGGCGGCACCGAGGAGGCAAAGCAGGACGAGGCUAGUGGCCUAGGUAAAUCCCCGACUAAUUAAUAGCCAUAAAGAUGCAACGGCGCCGUUGAGAUAGAGAAACCUGCCAGUGUGAGUGUCACCUUAGCAUACGGCCUUGGUAGCGGGCCGACCAGCGGUUUAUUUGUGCGCAUUGCUGAUCUGACAACAUGCGUCCUAG